AUGGCCGAGAAAUUGGCUCCAGAGAAGCGCCACAGCUUCGUUCACAAUGGUCAGAAGGUGUUUGAAUGGGACCAAACCCUAGAGGAGGUGAACAUGUACAUAAAUCUGCCCCCAAAUGUUCCUUCGAAGCAAUUUUUUUGCAAAAUCCAGUCGAAGCACGUCGAAGUCGGCAUUAAAGGCAAUCCUCCCUACCUCAAUCAUGAUCUUACAAGCCCAGUUAAGACAGACUGUUCUUUCUGGACACUAGAGGAUGAUAUAAUGCACAUUACACUGCAAAAGAGGGACAAAGGGCAGACAUGGGCUUCACCUAUAGUGGGGGAGGGUCAGCUAGAUCCUUACUCCACUGACCUUGAGCAGAAGCGCCUCAUGCUUCAGAGAUUUCAAGAAGAGAACCCUGGUUUUGACUUUUCACAAGCGCAGUUCAAUGGAGGCUGCCCUGAUCCGAGGACCUUUAUGGGUGGCAUCCGCUCUGAUUGA